CCGUAGGCGCAGCGCGGCGGAGCCGGGCCGAGCCGCGGCCAUGGGGCACCCGCCGCUGGAGUUCAGCGACUGCUACCUGGACAGCCCCGACUUCCGAGAGCGCCUCAAGUGCUACGAGCAGGAGCUGGAGCGAACCAACAAGUUCAUCAAGGAGGUGAUCAAGGAUGGCAACGCGCUCAUCGCCGCCAUCCGCGGAUAUUCCUCAGCGGUGCAGAAGUUCUCCCAGACUCUGCAGUCCUUCCAGUUUGACUUCAUUGGUGACACACUAACAGAUGAUGAGAUCAAUAUCGCUGAAUCCUUUAAGGAGUUUGCAGAGCUGCUGCACGAAGUGGAGCUGGAGAGGUCCAUGAUGGUGCAGAAUGCGAGUGAUCUGCUGAUCAAACCUUUGGAAAACUUCCGAAAGGAGCAGAUAGGGUUCACCAAGGAAAGAAAGAAAAAGUUUGAGAAGGAUGGUGAGAAGUUUUACUCUAUGCUGGAUCGCCACUUGCAUUUGUCUUCCAAAAAGAAGGAAUCUCAGUUACAGGAGGCUGACCUUCAGGUGGACAAAGAGAGACACAAUUUCUUUGAGUCCUCCCUCGAGUAUGUGUACCAGAUCCAGGAAGUACAAGAAAGCAAGAAAUUCAGUAUUGUGGAGCCGGUGUUGGCAUUUCUCCACAGCCUCUUCACUUACAACAACCUGACAGUGGAGCUGACACAGGAUUUCCUCCCAUACAAGCAGCAGCUCCAGCUCAGCCUGCAAAAUACAAGGAAUCACUUUUCCAGCACACGGGAGGAGCUGGAAGAUCUGAAGAAGAGGAUGAAGGAAGCACCCCUAACCUGCAAACUGCCUGGGCAGCCAACCAUCGAGGGCUACCUGUACACUCAGGAGAAAUGGGCACUGGGCAUCUCCUGGGUGAAGUAUUACUGCCAGUAUGAAAAAGAGGCAAAAACCUUACGGAUGACACCCAUAGACCAGAAGCCUGGAGCUAAGCAGGGCACGUUGGACCUGACCCUGAAAUCCUGUGUAAGGAGGAAGACUGACUCCAUAGACAAAAGGUUUUGUUUUGACAUUGAAACCAAUGAAAGGUCCGGGACCAUCACGCUGCAGGCGCUGUCGGAAGCCAACCGAAGGCUGUGGAUGGAGGCCAUGGACGGGAAGGAGCCGAUUUAUCACAGUCCUAUCACGAAGCAGGAAGAAAUGGAACUGAACGAGGUGGGCUUCAAGUUUGUUCGGAAGUGCAUCAAUGCAGUGGAGACCAAAGGAAUCACUACCGAGGGCGUGUACCGCACUGUUGGCAGCAAUAUCCAGGUGCAGAAGUUACUGAAUGCCUUUUUUGAUCCAAAAUGCCCUGGGGACGUGGAUCUUCAGAGUGGGGAUUGGGACAUCAAGACCAUUACCAGCUCCCUGAAGUUCUAUCUCAGGAACCUGUCUGAACCCGUCAUGACGUACAAGCUCCACAAAGAGCUGGUCCUGGCUGCCAAGUCUGAGAAUCUGGAUUACAGGCUGGGAGCCAUUCAUGCACUGGUCUAUAAACUGCCUGAGAAGAACAGGGAGAUGUUAGAACUCCUCAUCCAGCACCUCGUCAACGUCUGUGAGCACAGCCGGGAGAAUCUGAUGUCACCAUCCAACAUGGGGGUGAUCUUCGGGCCCACCCUCAUGCGAGCACAGGAGGACACUGUGGCAGCGAUGAUGAACAUCAAGUUCCAAAACAUCGUGGUCGAGAUCCUGAUAGAGCACUUUGGGAAGAUCUACUCUGGCCCCCCAGAAGACACCACAGCCCCCCCAGUGCCCCCACCCAGGGUGGCUGCCCGGCGGCACAAACCCAUCACCAUCUCCAAGCGUCCCCUGAGGGAAAGACCUGUCUUCUUCGGUGCCUCUGUGGAGGAGAGCGGAGCAGAGCAGCUCAGCCAGACCCCCAACGGGGGCGGCGUGGAGGUCCCCAAGCCCCUGCAUCGUAGCCGCCUGCCCGCACCCCGGCCGGGGGGGGACGAGCCGGGGCGUCCCUCCGCUGAGAGCCGGCCCCAGCCACGCGCUGAGCCCGAGCUGGGGAAGCUGGGGAACAGGCUGCAGGACGGGGGGGCCAAGCCAGCUGGCAGGGCGGCCAACGGGGUGGUGACCAGCCCUGCUCUGAGGACCGCCACGCUGCAGGUCAGGAGACCGGCGCCCCGGCCAGGCAUCUGUGGCAGAGAGGGUGACUGUGACGGUGUCCCUAAGCCACGUUCCCAUGGUGAUAAGCCUGUGAUAACGCGUCCCCCAGUGAGACCUCCGGAUCCACCGUGCCGGACUCCCAUCCCUCCGAAGCCGGAGCAGAGGCCGGAUCUGAUAGCAGGGACAGCAGAGGAGAUGCCCUCAUCUGUGGUGGCCUCUAGGACCAAGUUCUUUGAGACGGCUUCCCGAAGAACAGGCAGUUCUUCAUCACCACAAGGCAGGAUCCCAAGUGAUGAGAGCUGAGACUAAAGGUUUUGUAAGCACACCUCAGCGCAGCUGGACCCAGGAAACUUUCUGUGUUUGUGACCCAGGAGUCAAAGCUGAGCCUUGCCAGCCCCAGUGCCCUGGAGAGCAGCUAUCUUACCGGACGAUGAUUUCCGAGCCACAAGUGGCUCAAGAAAUUAGGAGCGGGAGACCAUGACGGAGAGCAGGUCCUGCCCACACAUCUGUGUUGAACUGUUCCCUGCCCUCCCUCCUCUCCUCCCUGCAGGCUUGUUAUAGUGCCCGUGUUGUGCCCGUGCAGGUGACAGCAGCACGGACAGGGCUGGAGGACACAAACUGCCUGUUCACCUGCUCAUUUUCAGGAAACACACUUUGAAAAGGGUGUUUGGACAGCACAAGGGCUGAGUCUCUGUUUGGAUGCAAGGGCAAAACAGCUACAGUCACCCCUUGCCCUGAGAAGCCUCUUCCUUUGUGUUUGUGUCCUUCACUUGGUGUCAGUGUGUGGGACAGCAGUGCCUGGUAAUGCUGCCCAUGGUGAUGCAGGCUGAGCAGGGACGGGAGAUGUCACUGUGCUCAGCUCUGUGGGAUCACUCCUCAUCUCCUCCUGGACAUCCCUGGCCUGGAGCACCACCCUGACAGGGCUUGGCCAGGGGCUUGGCCUGAGCCAUGGCCACAGCCUUGCCUGGGAUCAGCUCUCGGACAGCACCCUUGGGUCGGCAGCCUCCAAGGGUGCAGCUGGGGGAAGGGGGCAGCAGGUGCUCCUCCUCUUCCUCCACUGCCUCCUCUUCCAUGUGAGCCACACUCCCACCAGAUCCACUUCUCACAGGCCCACCAAGAAGUCUCCAUCCUGGGUGAUUGUGGUGGCCAGCACAGAGGUGCUGAGGAUCUGAAACUCACUGACUGUGGGACAAACCCAUUGUUUUUAUAAGAACUGCCCAGUUUCUUGUUUCCUUGUUUAUUCAUUUCAGUACAAGAUGCCCAGUCUGUCCCUCAGCUAUGGCCCUGUGCAUGAUGUCCAUUGGCCCAGGAUGUGUCCCCAGCCAGGACCUCUGUAGCAACAGAGGCUUGACUGUUGCUCCAGCUGCCACUGGGGCCCAGCUCCAGGGCUGUGCACAGCAGAGAGCUGCUUCUCCGCUUCCUCUACCUGCCCAAAGAUGAGCCCCUGCUUUUGAAUGGUUUUCUUUAGGUGCUGAGAGCAUUUGCUAAACAGUGGCCAAACAUUCCCACAGCUGCUUCCCAGGUGCUCCAUCCCUCAAGCAUGCUGUGUCCUGCCCGGCGCUUUGCCUGUGUGCGAUCUCGUGCCUCUUAUUGCUGAAUGGCACGCACUGGCACUCACGUGUGUCAUGUCCAUGGUGCUCUUCACUCCCUUGGCUUCAGCAGUGCCCCAGCUGCUCCCUCCUUUAGGCCUGGCACAUGAAAGUGGCUUUAAAUCCAAAUCAACCUUGUGCUGUUGCAGUUGAGGCUGUGCCACAUGCACUGGCAGCACCUGGGGCUGUGCUGGGCCCCUCCUGCUGCAGCCCCUCACCAGGGGCUCAAGGACAGUGCACAGUGUUUCUGAUCAGGGAUCCCUGAACAGGAAGGAUGGAGCUGAAGCUGCAGUGAGCCAUGGGACCACCUGCCUGCAGCACAUCAACCCCUGUCCCUGUUGGGAUGUUGGGCCUCUGACUCCCACACAAAAGGCUACCAUUUCCCAACUAUCUUUCUUGCUUUAGGCUGCUGUUUGGGGAUCCCUCAAGCCUGUCAGUUUGGGAAGCUCCUUGGUUCUUCCAAUCCAAGUGGCUCUGGAGGCGAUAUUCUGCAGGAGCAGUGGUUUGUCACAUCCUCCUGCCCACUGCCCAGCGCAGACCUCCAGGACAGAGCUGGGCUCUGUGGGUAGGGAGAAUCCAAGGGUGGUUGUGUUCCAGUCUGACGGUAUUAGCAGUGAGGAGAGGCAGCUUCUUGCAAGCUAUUUCAUGGUGUCCUUUUGAAGUUCUUUGUCACUUGUAUGUCUGUGCUGAUUUUUUCCUGCACCUGUGGGUGCAGCUGAACACUGGGGACCAGCAGUUGGAGUGCUAGGGGAUGUUGGUUGUGCUGGCGGGGGGCUGUGGGGUCCAAUCCCUGCUGCCGUGAGGCACAAUCCCUGCUGCUGUGGGGCCCAGUUCCUGCAGCUGUGAGCACAGCAGUGACAGCUGGGAAUGCAGGAUCGCUCUGUGCAGCACGGUAGCGCCCCAGCGUCAGCCCCGGAGCCAUUGUAACGUGUAUAAGCUUAGGUUACUGCGUUUAUAAAGUUUCCAUGAAGUGAAACAACCACCUCAGUGUGUUUUGUUCCCUUUCACCCCAGGCCCAAGCGCUGCCCCCACUGCCACCCCCUCUGCAGGGCAGGCCCUGCUGUGGGGCCCAGCUCUGUGUCCCGGGGAGGCCACACAGGGCAAUGUCCAUGGGACUGGGAAUGCCCUGGGCUCUGCCAUAGCCCCACUCUGGGUUUGCAGUGCCCAAAGCUAUUUUUCUGACCGGAGAAGCUGCCCUGCCAAGGCUGAAUAUUCCUGUGCUGCCGCAGUGCCUGGAUAGCGUCCUGUGCCGUGGGGUCACUGAGACCCCCGUGUGUUUUCCUGUGACCACCAGUGGCUUCUUUCCAUCUAUCCAGCACUCUUUUCCCCUCCUCACAUCUGUUUUCCCCCACCUUUUGACUCUGGCAUUAUGCACCAGCGUUUGCUUUUCAGGCCUCUUGCUUUUCUUUAACAGCGAGCUCCCUCUCAGGAGAGAACAGCUUCUCUUUCUGAAACGGGGAAUCUUGCAGCCAGCUUUGGCGCCCGGAUUUCUGGAGAAGCUUGGUGGAGGUGACCACUCCAGAGGGUGUUCCUGAGGGCCCAGGGACAGCCGAGCUGCGAGGGUCCCCAGCUGGAGAAGGGGAGCGUUCCACCCACACCCUGCUCAGGGCUGGUCGCUGUUUUGGGGAUCCUCCUGCAACUAUUUUGUGUGGGCCCAGCCCUCGCCCACGGCUCUUGGUGCAGCACCGACCAGGUUUGCCAGCUCCAAGCCCUGUGCCGUGCCCUGGCUCCGGGCCCAAGCAGCCAGAGCAGUCCCCGGGUGGGCACAGAUGCAGUGCACCUGGAGCAGCAGCUGGAGGGUGUUCUGCUUGUUUUUCUUCUUGUUUCUCUCAGAAGUUUCUUUGUGGGGCUGUAACUUUUCCAGGGCUGGAUGCAUUCAAAACAGCGUUGUUUGGGGAACUGAACUGUUUUCUUUCUUCACUAGGCCUUGUGUGAGGUGAUAAUGAACUGGAAUGGGCAUUGAGGCACUGCCUAAACAAUCCUUAUCUCCCAACCCACAGGUGCCUGGCUUGCUUUCUUACAGAAAACAUUUGGAUUUAAUAUGAGCAAGAAAAUUAUUUUCCAGCACGAGUAAAACUUUUCAGGUUUUUAUAGAGAGAAGAUAAGAAAACAAGCAGUUCCAAGGCUU